AUGGUUCCUCCAACAGAGACACUGAAUCUGUCCAUCACGGCUAUUAGUGGCAUUCUCGGUUCAAUAUCCAUAGCCUGCUGGAUCGUAGUCUUCUCGCCGCAAAUCGUCGAGAACUUCCGUCGGGGCUCAGCAGAUGGCCUCUCUCUGCAAUUCAUCAUCGUCUGGCUCGCCGGCGAUGUGUUCAACAUACUAGGCGCCGUCCUACAGGGCGUGCUGCCGACGAUGCUGGUAUUAGCCAUCUACUACACUAUUGCCGACAUUGUGCUUUUGCUACAGUGUUUUUACUACCGCGGGUUCACGUGGAAAGAUGAAGUCGUUCCACCCAAGCUGCAAGACGGCACCGCCGCUAGGAAUGGCCAUCUAGGAGAACCCAACGAGCAAACCGGCCUUUUAGCCUCCUCCUCAGACAGAGAUCUGGACCUGGAACGCCGCGCCAGCUCCAUCUCCGCCUCUCACCUCUCCCCUGCCGUCCCUCUACUCGACGAGCACAACCCUCCGCCAGUCAAGAAAGUCACUACGUCGCUGCAAGCGACGCUCUUCAAUACCAUCGCUGUCCUCAUGGUCGUCGCGGCCGGCGUCCUGGGAUGGUACAUCUCCAACCGCUCGCACAUCUCGGACGCACCACCCCCCCACACGCCUAAACACCCGCACCCCGAACCACUGAUCCUCAACCUCUGGGGCCAGAUCUUCGGCUACUUCUGCGCCGUGCUCUACCUCGGCUCUCGGGUCCCGCAGCUGCUGCUCAACUACCGGAGGAGAUCCACCGAUGGCGUCUCGAUGCUCUUCUUCCUCUUCGCCUGUAUCGGGAACCUCACCUACGUGCUGUCCAUCUUCGCCUACGAGCCGCGCUGCACGGGCGUGUUCGGGAAGUGCGCCGGGGGAGAGGCGGGCCGGAUCUACGGGCGCUACAUCCUGAUCAACGCGUCCUGGCUUGCCGGCAGUCUGGGGACGCUCUUCCUCGAUGCCGCCAUCUUUGCGCAGUUCUUCGUCUAUCGGGAGGGCCAGCAGGCUGCUGCGCCGGCGGUGCUUGAGGUGGAGAAUGGGGAGCCGAGGACGUCGUCGUCGAGGGACUCCAGGCCGUUGCUUGAGAGAGAUGAUUGA